GGCACGUUUUGGUGUGAUCAAAGCGACCGUCGGUGUUUGUCUUCGUGCUUUAAGGGCUCCGGCGGCCCUGAUCCACCCCACCAUCAGUGUAUGUCAUCAAUCGCCUUGGGUUAGCUCCUGAAUUGAAUUCUCUAAGACGAUCUUAGGGCUUCUUGUUAUCAAUUGACGCAAGUCUUCAGCUACCAACAUGGCGUCUGGUGGAGCGCAGCCAAACCAGCCCCUGCCCUCGAAAGAGGCGGGGCUGUUCAAGCAAGUCAUACGCUUUCAUGAGAUGAAACAGUAUAAGAAAGCCGUUAAGACAGCCGAUCAAAUUCUCAAGAAAUUCCCGGAGCAUGGCGAGACACUUGCCAUGAAAGGCCUAUGCCUCCGCAACUUGGCGCCCGACAGCGACAAGGAGAAGAAGGAAGAGGCAUACGAGCUUGUCCGGAAGGGUGUUAAAUGCGACCUGAAGAGCCAUGUGUGCUGGCACGUUUACGGCCUCAUGUACCGCCAGGACCGCGAGUACAAGGAGGCCAUCAAGUGCUACCUGAACGCGCUGCGCAUAGACAAGGAGAACACCCAGAUCCUGAGGGACCUGGCGCUGCUGCAGAUCCAAAUGCGAGACCUGCAGGGCUUUGUGGACACGCGGCACCAGCUGCUGACGCUGAAGCCCAGCAACCGCAGCCACUGGAUCACAUUCGCGGUGGCGCACCACAUCAACGGCAACCACGAACUGGCGGUGCAGGUCCUGGAGCAGUUUGAGCGCACCAUCGAGGAGGUGCCGGCCGGCGAGGCGUACGAGCACAGCGAGAUGCUGAUGUACGCCGCCACGGUGCUGGCGGAGGGGGGCAAACCGCAGCAGGCGCUGGACUACCUGGAGGCGCGCAAGGACAAGAUCAAGGACCGGUUGGGUCUGUCUGAGAUGCAGGCGGGGUUGCUGCUGCGGGUGGGUCGCGGGCAGGAGGCGGCCGCCACCUACCGGCGCCUGCUGGCGGUCAACCCCAACAACUACAAGAUCCAUGACGGCCUGCGCGCGGCGCUGGGGCUGGUGGCGGCAGAGGGCUCCGAGCUGACCCCCGAGCAGCGCUCCGCCCUCACGCAGCUGUACGACGAGCUGCAGGCGGAGUUCUCGGGCAGCAGCGCAUGCCGCCGCAUCCCACUGGAC